CAACUUUCGCGACGUAUUAUAUCACGUAUUGGAUUGUACAUAAAUCCCCCCCAAUUGCGCAGCUUUAACCAUACUCUUCCACCAAUAGGUAUCGCAAGCGAACUCCUGUUUUGCGUCACACUUCUUUCUUGGAAAUCUGUUUUAGAUGCACCGGCUACCGGAUCACCGGUCUUUAUACUUGCUGCAUACUUGAUUUCAACCCAUUGGCUCUUUAAUCGUCUGCAUACUCUUUUUAGGCCAACUAAAUUAUUUUGCGACCGGCGACUAGAUGGCUCCAAAUUUUCGACAGAAUACUCAAACCCGACGUGGAAAUCGAAGUGGAUAUGUAGAACAUGACGACUUCGAAGGUUUACCCGUUAGACAAUGGCGCCAGGAAUGGGUGAACGUUGCGCCGCCACCGACCGAGAACACAACUCAAAAGAACGACGUAUGGGCAAUCGAACUACCUCAUGGCAUGCCCAAGGAUUCACAUCUACUACCCACACAUACCCAAGAGCUUCUGAGAGCAGCUCGCUCUGGAAGACUGUACAAACGACCGCCGCCUACUGAGGAGGAAGAGGGCGAUGCAGAUACCGCCCUCGCCGAGAAGCCAGAUAAGAAAGAGGAUGACCCAAGCACUAGGGGCUUCCAAAUUAGAACCUGGAAGCAGGUCCCCCGCAAUGCCGAAGGACCUACUAUUUCACAUCUGGCGAAGAGGAGAAAGGGAAUAAAAACACUAUCCUCGAGUCUCCCUUCAGGUUUAUCAUCCAGCCCUACCGUAGUAAGAGCCACCGUCCGUCGCGUUGAUGCAGCCGGAAAUCCCUAUACACAAGAGAUCACAUUGAACGAGGGUCAGCAUGUGGAUGGAGAUAUCAUAUCUACUACGGUAGUACCCGCGCCAAAUACCAACACGAAUGGGGAUACACCCGCUGCACAAACACCCGUGCGAAGACGUCCGCCGCCACCAAAGAGGAAGCCUAGGGGCCCUGGUCGAGGUCGAAGAAAGAAGGUACUUGUGCAAGUAAAUCCGCGACCCGAAGCACCAAAUCCAGGUGCCGGUGUUGCUAUCAAUGCUACUCAACCAAGUGGCCCACAAACCAAUGACAUCAAACGGGAAGAUCAGUCUGAAAUCAAGAAUCAAGAUAGUGAAAUGGCUGACGACGAUGAUGGAGACGAUGGAGACGACGGAGACGACGAUGGCGAAGAGGGCGAGGAAGGGGACGAAGAGGAUAGCGAGAUGCCGGAUGGUGAGAGCGGAGCGGGACCUCUUGCUGAUAACGAGACCAAACCCGAUCCUAUGCCGGAAGUUCCACCGACCGUCCUCCAGACCGAGUCCGCCGACACACCACCGAUUGAGGUCCCAGUCGCAGUCGCACCACUACCCGUGAAGCAACCUUCGCCCCCAUUCGAUGCUGCCUUGGCCGCUACUCAAAGCCAUAUACCACAUCUCCCGUCCCAUUUCGAAGGAAGUCCUCUGAAGAAUGUUGUAGCGAUUGCGUCGCCGACUGGUCCAUUGCCAUUGCCAAAUCCUAUACUUGACGACGUUCUUAACGACGGAAACUCUUUAGAUUCUAUUACUACAACCGAAACCAAGCUACCAGAAGCGCCCCUGGAGCCAAUCCCAGCAUCGACUGAACUUGUUAAAUUGCCAUCUCCUGUCAAUGGCCCUAUCACUACUGCUCCUGCUGCUCCUGCUGCUCCUACCGCUGUUGCUCCCGCCCCUGCUAGUCCUAUUAUUACUAUCCCUAUUCCCUCGGCUCCUACCACGACAAUGCUUAAUGAGGACAUCGAGAUGCUGGAUGCCUCUCACCAAGUACACGAGGAAGCAACGGCAGGCCAAGAGAUACAGCAAUCUAAUGUCACGGAGUUAGUUUCGCUACCGGCCCUAGAUCCUAUCCCAACCGAAGAUGUUCUUACGGCAGUCCAGUCGCCGCCGCGUACGAUGGUGCUGGAAGCUGUUGUCACUGACCAGCCAAUUGAAGAGGCUGUUCAUAGCACGGUUGUGAGCAUGUCUACGGAUCAAGAGCCACAGGAGCCACAAGGUCCUGAAGUGCCCGUGGUAGCUGUCGAGGCUGAUGUAGCUGUUACUGUUGAUGCUGAUACGGCCCCGGCCCCGGCCCCGGCCCCGGCCCCGGCUUCGGAUUCGGCUCCAGCUCUGGACCCUAUUCCCGCUCCGGAAAAGCUCGAUACUGUAGUGGAUUUGGCCGCAGUAAUAGGGGGAGUAGAAGAUACUGAGCCCGAGCCCGAGAGCCCUGACUUAUUUAGCGGUCUAGAGGCCGCCCUGAACCAACAAGGCAGCCCAAAAGAUGGACAGAGUCUUCCGGGUGCAGAAGCCAACAACAUUCCUAGCGUAGAGUAAAGUAAUCAUGAUAUCAUCAACCAUAAGGGAUUCCAAGUUCAGUUAGAACUAUUACCAGGAACCCAUCCAUUCAUAUUCACAACUUCAAACAAAACAGAAAGCAAUCCUUGGGGAAGACGAUAUUUAGGAGGCCAUGGAAGGAAUCAGGAAUACAAUUACACAAAAUGAGUUGGUACGAGAACCAUUCUUCUUGAAGUAUCUAAAGGACUUGGUGUCGAUGGAAUGGGAUGGAUGGAUGGAAUUUUGUUAUUUUCCCCGGGUUAUUGAUACCUAGCCCUGGAGGUUUUACCCUUUUACCGUUUUACUUUUUUUUUUUUUUUUUUUUUU